AUGGGGAUCCCUAAAUUCUUUCGAUUCAUGUCGGAGCGGUACCCGCUGAUCAGUCAGCUGGUGGAGGAGAACAAGAUUCCAGAGUUUGAUAAUCUCUACCUCGACAUGAAUGGCAUCAUCCACGCUUGCUCUCACCCAAACGACGGCGACGCUCACUUUCGAAUAACGGAAGCGGAUAUAUUCUUGGCCGUCUUUUCCUACAUUGAGCAUAUAUUUGCAAAGAUUAAACCUCGACAGCUCUUCUUCCUCGCCAUCGAUGGCGUAGCACCCAGAGCAAAGAUGAAUCAGCAGCGCAGCAGGAGGUUCAGAACGGCAAAGGAGACAAAGGAGAUUCGAGAUCGAGCGAUUGCCAAGGGCGAAGAGUUGCCGGAGCAAGAGGCGUUCGAUAGCAACUGCAUCACACCAGGCACACCAUUCAUGGCCAGGCUGUCCGAACAGCUCAAAUACUUUUUGGCCAAAAAGGUGACGGAAGACGCUUCGUGGAGGGCCGUGCAGAUCGUCCUGUCUGGUCACGAGACGCCGGGGGAGGGUGAGCACAAGGUGAUGGAGUACAUUCGCUUGGCUAAAGCGCAGCCGGACUACAACCCGAAUGUUAGGCACUGCCUGUACGGAUUGGAUGCGGACCUCAUCAUGCUCGGUCUGCUCAGCCACGACCCGCACUUUGCGCUGCUCAGAGAGGAGGUCAACUUUGGGCCACAGAGAAAGAAGCGGAGUGGGUGAGUGACGUGGCUCGGCCGCUUGUAUGCGCGCGCGCCUGCUCGCUCUCUCUCACACACGCGCACGCACGCAUCUACAAUGUCGACUCUUUCCAUUCGCACAGACUCGAAUCUCAAAACUUUUAUCUGCUUCAUCUGUCUCUCUUUCGAGAAUACUUGGAUCUGGAGUUUCAGGAUUUGCGCUCCUCGCUUCCCUUUCCUUAUUCCCUCGAGCGCAUCAUCGACGAUUUCAUCCUGCUCAACAUAUUCGUCGGCAACGACUUUUUGCCCCACUUGCCCGGAUUGCACAUCAACGAGGGUGCGCUACCGAUGCUGUUCCGCAUCUACAAGAGCGUCUUGCCUGCUGCUGGUGGAUACCUGAAUGAGGACGGCGUGCUGCAAGUAGCCAGGUUGCAGCUCGUCCUCGCCCAACUGUCAAAGCUCGAGGUGGAGCAAUUCAAGGCGGAAUUUGCAGAUAGCAGCUGGUACGAAGGCAAGCAAGGCCCUUCUGAAAAGGAACGCAAAAAGAGAGCGCAGGCGAGCGGCAAGGGCAAGUUGGUGCUCACGCCAUCUCAAAAGGCUUUGUACGAGCAGGUCAAGCGAUUCGUCCUAGCUCAGCGCGCCGAUCCCGUCGGCGCACCUGCGGAUCUCUUCCUGACCAACACGAUGCCCGUUGCCGAUCAGACUUUCCUCAAGGGUCUUUGCAAGAAUCUAGGCUUCAGCUUGAGCUUCGACGAGUACGAUCCGGAUGCUGAUGCUCCCGCUACGGCCGUUUCGAGCGAUCUGGAUGAGCAGACUGCUUUGGUGCUUGCACAGGACAAGAUUGCGGCUGCCCGAUUCGCGAGCGCCGGCGAUCAGGUACUCUCAAAGUACGACAAGGCUCAGGUCAUCAAGGAGGAGACGAAUGGUCACAAGGCAGAGGAGGAGGAAGAGGAGGAGGAGGAGGAGGAGGAGGAUGAGGAUGCGGCAGAGGCGAGAAUGAUUGAGGAAAAGAUGCUGCAGUGGAAGAAGGACUACUACCACGACAAGUUGCACAUCGACUUCAACGACAAGGAUGCAAUGAGGCUGCUGGCGUACAAGUACGUGGAAGGCUUGCAGUGGGUCCUGCACUACUACUACGAUGGCGUGGCUUCUUGGGGAUGGUUCUACCCCUACCAUUACGCGCCCAAGAUAUCAGACCUGCUGCCAGUCUUUGACAUGAAGUUUGAAUUUGAGCUGGGCAAGCCUUUUCGACCGUUCGACCAGCUCAUGGGCGUCUUGCCAGCUCUCAGCAGGCAACACAUUCCGCCUGCUUUCCGGGACCUCAUGACCGAUCCCACAUCUUCCAUCAUCGACUUCUACCCGCCCGAUUUCGAGGCGGACAUGAAUGGUAAGAAACAAGAUUGGGAAGCGGUCGUCAAGAUCCCUUUCAUCGACGAGAAGCGUCUGCUCGCUGCGUUGGACAAGAGAGAGGGUCUGCUGACGGCGGAUGAAAAGCAGCGGAAUUCCUUUGGAGAGUCGACGCGUUUGACGUUCGACGAGCAAAAUGAGCGCUUCUUUGCUAGCUCUCUGCCCGGCGUUUUCCCCGACCUGCCUCAUUCCCGCGCCAAGGUGGAGACGUUUCACCUGCCUACUCUGGAUGGAUUGCAUCUUGUCAGAGGUCUCUGCGAUGGCGUAGAGCUAGGGUCCCGAGCACUGGCCGGCUUCCCGAGCCUCAAGACUUUGCCGCAUUUUGGCAGGACGGAGAAGCAUGGCGUCAAUGUGUUUCAGAGUGAGAGCAGGCUGGACAGCGUCGUGUUGCACGUAGAGAAUAGGUUCAACAAUGCCAAGUCGGAAGAGCUCGCCAGCGCGAUGCUGGGCAGACGGACAUUUACUCAUUGGCCAUUCCUGUACGAGGGCAUGGUCACUGCGCUCUCUGACAGCUUGUUCAGGUACGAGCUGGUCGAUGGGCAGAUUACCAAGACGCCCCACGCGCCCGAUGCCGUCUCGACGUGGAGACGCAAGGUGGAUAGACUUGCCCAGCACUAUAGCAAGCGAUACGGUGUGCUCGUCGGAAGGGCGGAGCAGCUGUUGCACGUCCGCACCCUCACCGGCCUCAAGAGGAUGGAAGAUGGCUCGUUUGUAAAGGAGUACGAGGCGGAUGCGGAGAGGCAAGUGGACCAAUUGGUGCAAAUGUCGAUUGCGGAUGUUGUGCAAGAGGACAGCCGGACAUUGGAGAGGAGCGCCCAGGAAGUGUCUAUCGAGUAUCCACUGCACACUCGAUUGUUCUUCCUCGGCGAAAGGCCGUUUGGCGCACCUGCUGCCGUGGUGCAAUCUCAAGGCGAUCAGCUCACCAUUGAGCUGGCGUACUAUACCAGUCAAGCCAAGGAGAAUGUGUACAUCCACAACCUGGUGGCGUCCAGAAUCACCGAACGGUACUAUCCCUCGUUCAUGAUCGCUAAAAAGGUCGGCAUGUCUUCGCUGGCUCUGUCUAAAAUCACUGCGAGCAUGCUGCUGGACCACAAUGGCUCGCGGACGAAUGUGGGACUGAACCUCAAAUUCGAAGCCAAGAGCUGCAAGGUGUUGGGCUACAGCAGAAAGGGACCUCAAGGUUGGGAAUUCUCGGACAAGGCCAUCGAGCUCAUCAAUGCCUUCAAGGAGGCUUUCCCAGAAAUAUCGGACACGAUCGCUGCAAAAGCCGGUUCGGAUCUGAGAGAUGCCGAAGAUUUCUUUGGCGACGAUGCGGAAGAAAGAAUGAAGGAGGUAAAGAAGUGGAUCAAGGAGAAAGGCGUCAGGGAUCUCGAAGCUGUUCCGCUCUUCGCCGAGCAGCUGGACAAGCCGACGGUGGGCGCCAUCGAAGCGUUUACGACAUCGCUCAACGAGAGAAUGGCCAAAGCUGGCCCUGGUGCGGGUAUAAAGAGAGCCCAUGUCAAGGGAAUGCCUCGCAACGCCCUUCUCAAACCUUCGCACGCACCAUAUCGUCUUCAGGGACAGCGCUUUGAGCUUGGUGAUCGAGUCAUCUACGUCCUCGACACGGGCACAGUGCCGUUGAGCGCGCGAGGCGUUGUGGUGGGCCUCAACACGACCAACAUCGACGUACUAUUCGAUGUGCCUUUUCUCUCUGGCACGAGGCUAGGGGACAGAUGCUCGCCGCAUCGAGGAGCUACAGUCACUUUUGACUCUGUGCUCAACCUCACCCAACCCCAAUUUGCCGUACCAUAUGGACCCGCGGGUCAAAAUCCUUCCGCACCCACCGGUCCCUCCAAAGCGAGGAGCUCCGCUGGUGAUUAUCGUCCUCCCAACAUGAUGCGGUCUGCCAGGCCUAUGCACUCAAAUGGCCACCAUGCAGGUCACCAGCAGCAGCAAUUCAAUCCGACGGUGAUUCUGUCUCGCAAUGCCAGGCCUACUAGACCACCCAGCGCCAGCGUCACUGCCGAAUACGCCUUCUCUGGCGUAGCUUCGGGCAGCUCGAAACCUUCGAAAGCGAAAGAUGCUGCGACAGACGGCUUGAAUCCUCAUCUUGCGACUUUGUCCAUACGUGGAGGAUCGACGGGAGGUAGGGGAGGAGGAGGAGGACGGGGACGGGGCCGGGGAGCUGGGCACGCACCUCACGUCAGACCUGCUCAUUCGCCACACUUGCCCUUGGCGCCCGCGCAUGGCCAGGCUGGAUUCGCGCAAAGAGGUAGGGGCGCAAGAGGAAGGGGAACGGCUCACAGAGGUGGCGCAGGAGAUGUGGGCGUGAAUGCUGCUGUGCAGCAGAGCUGA